AUGCCACACAUUAUUCCGUUUUUUCUAACUCUCUCUCUCUCUCUCUCUCUCUCUCUCUCUCUCUCUCUCUAUCUCUCUCCUCCACACACACAUUUCCACAGGUGCUUUAAAAUAGAAACAUGUCGUCUAAAAUGGACUCUCUUUUUUAAUUCUUCCUGUGUUUCUUAUUAUUUUCUCCCUUUUCUUCUUGUUAUUUUGGAUGAAGUGUUCCCCCCUCUCUCUCUCCCUCUCUCUCUCUCUCUCUCUCUCUCUCUCUCUCUUCCCACCCCUUUCAUCAUUAUCUUUCUUCAAUCAUCAUCUUCUUCUUCUUCUUCUUCUUCUUCUUCUUCUUCUCUCUCUCUCUCUCCCUCCCUCUCUCUCUCUCUCUCUCUCUCCAUAAAACCUUUCACCUUUUAUUUCUACCGUUUCCUUUCCUUCUUUGUUGUUCCGUAUCCAUCUUUCUCUGUUCUUCACUUUCUCGCCCACCCACCAACUAUUGCCGCACUUUACCAACACGACGGCCACGAUCUCAGCGCUCCACUCUGCAAUAAACAACUCUCCCGCUUUGUGCGAUCAUCUACCUCGAUUUUCCAACCAUCCGCUCUACUUUACAUGAAGGAAGGAGAACAUUUUCCCCGGCCAGUUAUCAACGUUUCACGCUCAUGGAUAUGCCGACGUAUACCUGAAAGUGUUUCCAGUUUUGUGUUGGUAACCACAAACAGCAGUUUUGAGAGGAGCGCAUCCACUUGCAGCUUGUCGCUCAUCAACCGUGCCGGGGAUGCGGUUGAGUGGGACCCUAUAUUUACCGUCGACAACGCCCGGUGGCGAGGUCCCUGGGCUUUGUAUUGUCGCCGGCAGAGCUGUGCGCUUAGUUCGAAACAUGUUCAUCGGCUGGGUCACUCUGUUGCUCGUUUCACUUGCUACAAUGGUGCAAAAUGUCGCCGUUCCCACCGACGAGCAACGUUUGAUGACGGAGUUACUUACGGACUACGAUCCGGCCUCGAGGCCUGUCUACAAUGCAUCGCAUUCCGUAGUUGUCAAAUUUGGAAUCACUCUUACCCAACUUUCGGAUAUGGCAGAAGACACCGCAGACACCACCCGGAACACAGACGCACCCCUGAUGAACAACGUCUGUUGAGUCGACUUUUGGCCAACUAUGACACAGCCUCAAGACCCGUCUACAAUGCCUCACAUGCUGUCGUUGUCAAAUUUGGAUUCACCUUGACACAAAUCGCCGACAUGGUAAGGCCAAUGUUGUCUUCUUUCUCUUUAAUAACAAUCGUUUUUUUUAUCUGA